CUGAUCUUCUACCUAUGUAUAAAACAGACUCCCUGAUUGAAUGUGCUUUAUCCUGUAAGGCGGGUUGUGUGUGCUUUGGUUUUCAUCUUGGACAGAAUUUAUGCAGAAGACAAACACAAUGCGAAUCGUCGAGAAUGAACCAAACUGAGAUUGGAUGGAUAUACUAUUUACCAGAUAGAGAUUGCAACAUAGGGUGGAACUGUAACAAUGACACAGGCAGAUGUUAUAGUCUAAACAGCACCAAAGUAACUCAAGCAGAUGCCAUGCAGUCUUGCUGUAGGUGCAAUUCCUACCUGGUGGAAAUAAACGACCUGGAUGAAAACACCUGGAUAACUACUAACAUAUUAAACGUUGUUUUCUGUAGCAGCCCUUACAAUUGUGCGACAUGGACCGGGGGUAACGAUAAGGCGACAGAGGGUGUGUACGUAUGGGAACACUCAAACACGACAAUUGGAUUUACUAAGUGGAGCAAGAGAAACCCGGACAACUACCUUGUUCCUGAACGAGAAGUAGACUGUAUCGACAUUUUGUAUAACGGAGAGUGGAAUGACCGACCUUGCUCUUACUUGAAUGGCUUCCUUUGUGAGAGGGAAGGCAUGUGAAAGAAUACUGCUUCUCUGUAUACUUUAAUGUACAGUAAAACUAAAUAAAUACG